AUGAUUAAUGAUCUCGCGUUAACCCAGGAGACUGGACGUAGCCCUGGCAUGGCUCCGAUGCGGGGACAUACUACAUCUACAUCUCGUGAGGUUUUGUCUGCUGUGGGCAACGUCUUUCGUAAAUGGUUAACUCAAACGCCAAAUUAUGAUAAGUGUCUCCAAGAUGCUCAAGCUGAGAUGGAUGCCAUAUCUGGUGCUGGUCCAGAGGUUAUUGGGGAGGCUUUGAAUAAAGAGUUCAUGUCUGAUGAUGAGUAUGAGUCUCAAGUCAUCGCGUUGAUUCGAGUCUUCUUUCAAUGGGCUAAGUUAAAAGAUCGCCGUGAACGGUCUCCUUUGCGACGGCAGUUGCUUGGUUCAUAUUGA